UUAGAUACGAGUUUAAUCGUGAAGUGCAAUCCACCGGAAACUGUUGCGUUGGGGAAAGUGACGCAGGUCGGACGCUUAAACGCUGUUUCGGAAACCAGUGCCACAUGCUCGACUCAGAUUUAAGGCGAAAGGUUUGUUUCAAAUGAUGCAGAGUUGAAUGCUGCUGUGCCAUGGUGGUUAAAAAGAAGACACCCAAAGUCGAGGCUUUAGUUUUGGACGAAGAGAAACUGCACAAGCUUUUAGCAUCUCUAUCUGUGGAUGGAGGACAGGAUGAAGUCAGGCAGGUCGCCAAGACUUUGCAGUCCUGUCUGGAGCAGCAAGAGCCAGUACAACAGAUCCAGCUGGUCAAAAAGGCCGGUUCGCUGCUGGAGGCACUCUGCGAAGAGUCCGCUGAUGGAGAAAUUUUAGGAGCUUGUCUGCAGACAUUGGCCUUCGGCUACACUUCCCUGCAGGCCAAGAACCCCAUGAGACGUGCCAUUUCCAGUGUUCUGAAUUCAGUACCAACCUGGCUUCAGGAACGAACCACAGCUUGUCUGUCCAUGUGCCUGUCAGACUGUUUGUCUGAUCCAUCUCCAGACCAAUACUCACAUGUUGUGAACACCAUUGCUGGCUGCAUGGAGGGCUUCGCUCUGGGCGAGAGAUGCAUCAAUCAACUCCUUCCAGAAGUUUUGCAGUUUCUCCACAAGGGAUUAAGCGACUAUCUGAAUCAAAACAAUAGUGUCGCAGGUGGUCACAUUGCUCAAGCCCAGCUGAUGCAUUCCUGUCUGGCGGCAGUGAAAACAUCAAUGCUGGUCAUCCAGCGAUGCCAAGGUUCUAUUAGUUCUGCCCUUAGGAUCCACCAGACACUGAAGGACACACUUAGCAGCCUGCUGGACUGCUACAUACGUAUUAUUAUUGAUGAGGAGUUUUUGCAAGCAGUUCAGAGUACAUCCGGUAUGGCCGUAGUCUUAUUAAUCAGAUCUGUGAUGGGUUCUGGAGAUGAAGUUGCAUCUGUGGUGUGCAGUUUGCUCCGUAGCUCAGUGUACGGCUUGGACUCGGCGCCCGUGUGGAUUAAGCAAAAGUGUGAGCGCUUGUGUACAAGUGCUUGUCCGCCAGGUGUCUCUAUGUGUUUGUGUCAUGGGGCGCUUGUCAUGCUGAGUUGGAAGGGCUCCCCCCCUGGCCCACACUGGGAAACAGUGCUCCUGUUGGUCCCAAACACACUGCUGGAUCUAGAUGUCAGUAUAAAAGAGCCUAGUACUGUUAUGGUGGUAGUUCGGGUCCUGACGCUGUGGAGCAGUGCUGCCUUGGACUGCCUGCGAGGAAAGAGGCAGCUCUGUUCCCUCAGCCUCCAACAGUCACUCAGUGGAGGGUCUGAUUUACACCAACGCCUCCUGGAGUAUAUCUACUCCCACUGGGAGCAUCCCUUAGAUGGAGUCCGCCACCAAACAUGCUCCCUGUUUCGCAACCUGCUCCUUCUCCAUCAACAUGCCAAAUCCCCCACCUCUGAAGCAAAUCCGGACAGUUAUGUCAUAGAGCUCACACAAAGACUGUUCCAGCUCGAGUGGCACAUGCGGGGAAAAUAUGGAGCUUUAGGCUGCCUUGUGGAACUCUAUGGUGCUGGGUACCUGCUUAAGAUAGAGCCACAACUUCCUUCAUGUCUCCUGGGUCUGAUGAGUGACCAGACCUUGGCUCCAUAUGCCAGUGACCUUCUGGAGAGGCUUUUUAUCAGCCAUAAAGAACAGCUUGCUGCUGAAGCCUCAACAAAAAAACUGACCUUUGCAGAAGACUGGAUGGAGUGUUGGCACCGGACGUGGGUUACACCCCUGCUACAGGUGCUGUGUAGCGCGAGAGUGGACGAGACUAUUUAUAUGCUGGAUAAUUUCCUGCCAAAAUUGCUGCGCUGCAGCCCAUCCAGUCUGACAUACAUGGUGCAGGCAUUGCAAGACAGACUUCCCUGCAGCAAAGGUUCAGCUGGCAGCAGGGGUGCACUUGGUGCACUAAUGACAUGCCUGCGGGCAGCCAGGUCUCAAGGUGUGAUGCAGACCCCAGCAGAGGGUCUGUGGGGGGAACUGGCUCCUCUCAGCCUGGUUCGACAAGCACUCAUACAUAAAGAUGAUCAAGUGAAGAUGGAUGCUUUUGGGUUGGUGUGUGAAAGCAACCGCAGUACUGAGGUUUUGACCUUAGAGGAAAUGGACCUCAUUCACCACUUCUUGCUUCCCAACCUCAACUGCCAGUCACCAAGUGUCAGACAGCAGGCUGUCAGUCUUUUCAAGAAGAUGCUUUGCAGAGUAAAAGACAGUACACAGCUGUUGCUAAAGAGACAGAGCCAAGAGAGAGAGCAGGAGCAAAGAGCUAAUGACCAACAUACUCUAUGUCUUUAUAAGGAAUUCCUCCACGAGCUAUGUACAAAGUUGUUCGAUGUUUUGCUUCCCGGAGCUUCGUUCUCUAAAUGCCUCAUGUCCCUCCACUUGCUUGGUCUACUGGCUGAACUCUUCACUUUUGGGCCUGAUGGGUUUGGGCUUGGUGAAGUUGUGACCUCUACUUAUGCUCAGAAUGUCCUCAACUGUGUGGCAAGCAACUUCCUGGAAGUCAAACUACUGGCUACAAAGUUGCUACAGAAACUUCCUCUGUCAACAGUGGAACUAGAGGAACCAGGCGUGAUGUGUGGUAUACUUCACGCUGCGCUGGAUCUGACCACCAGCACCAAUCCUUUUGACAGUGUAACAGCUGCCCACCUGCUCAACCUGCUACUCCACCAGCCUAGUUUGAGUCAGGCACUACUACACCGUGCCCAGCAGCAGGGACUUGACUUCCAGCCUCCUUCCUCAUCGCCACAGGCACCUGAUGUUCAGGAGCUUAAUACGUUAUCUGUGAUUCAGUUCUUGCUGUGCUGUCUGGAGAUAGAGGUCUCCAAAGCGGAGCGUUGUCUCUUGCAGGCUGCCGCUUCCUAUCCUCUCUAUGGCCGAGCCCAUUGCAUCACUGCAGUCCUUCAGAAUCUCAACACAGAGUGUUUGUGUCACACAGAGGAGUGGAGGCGACUGGUGUCGGAGGUCAUCGCCAUGUGUUACAGAUUGUCAGAUGUGGUCUCUCCUGUUGUCCAGAGCGCCGCUCCUGAGGGGCUCAUCCCCAUGGACGUUGGCACAGACACAUCAUCAGGACUGCAAAGGAUCAUGCAGGAAAUUCAGCCAAGGGACACCAAUGAUUUCUUUACCAGUGCCAGAGAGCUGGAUACACAUGAUGGAAAGGGUCAGGAAGAAACCCAGACCACACACAUGGUGUCACCACACACCGGUGGUGAGGGCCACAGGGUGACAGCCCAGAUGGUGCUGGUGUGUUGCUGGCGGAGCAUGAAGGAAGCGGCUAUGCUGCUGGGGCAGCUGUGUCAGAGCCUGCCACUGCACUACACCAAUGACAACACACACCCACAUCCUGGGCUCAUCACAGAGGAACAGGUGGCUUGUAUUGGCUUGUAUUUCCGUCAGCAGCUCCUGCAGUCCCGUCAUCGUGGUGCCUUUGAACUGGCUUAUGUGGGCUUUGUUCGCCUCACUGACAUGCUAUGCAGGAGUGGUAGUAAAGUUCUUCAACAGCUUCCAGCAUGCUGGCUAUCCGAGGUUUUGGAAGAGGUCAAAUCAAGUGACCAGUCGUCCAAACUGUGUGCCACUCGGCGCAGCGCUGGAAUACCCUUCUAUAUUCAGGCUCUUGUCACUUCUGAGCCAAAGUCCUCCAGUUGCAGUCUGUUAAAAAGGACCAUGAGAGAGCUGAUUACCCUCGCCAUGCCUGCUGCUGGCAGAAAUACUGACAGUUCCACUGUUCCUCAGGUCCAUGCUCUGAACAUCCUGAGAGCUCUUUACAGAGACACUCGUCUGGGAGAAAACAUAAUUUGUUUUGUGUCGGAUGGAAUGCAGGCUGCUAUACUUGGCUUCACCUCUCCUGUCUGGGCAGUAAGGAAUUCUUCAACUCUUCUCUUCAGCACUCUGAUCACAAGGAUCUUUGGAGUGAAGAAAGGGAGGGAUGAACACUCAAAAAAAAACAGAAUGACUGGUCGUGAGUUUUUCACUCGUUUCCCAGCCCUGUAUCCAUUUCUACUGAGCCAUCUCAAGGAAGCAGCUGUGUCAGUGGAAAGUGACAGUGGUCAAGUGAAGCUGCAUCCCAGUCUCUUCUUGCUGCUGCUGGUCCUCAGCCGACUCUACCCGUUUACAAUGGAUGGCUCCUCUUCACCUCUGGGACUUGCCCGGUUCAUGCCAUUCAUCAUCAGAUGUGGUCGUUCAGCAGUAUAUCGGACCAGAGAGAUGGCAGCACGAGCCCUAGUUCCUUUUGUACUCAUCACCCAGGUCUCGUCAACUGUACACUCUUUACUUCAAGAGCUUCCUGAAGACACAGGACCCCAAAUCCAACACAACUACAUCCAUGGGACCCUUCUACAGGUACUAUUUCUGCUCCAGUCUUACCAGAGUGAGUCACACAGACCCCUGCCAGCAGGAAAUGGAAUUGGUGAAGCUGUCCUUCAGCACAUGUGGCUCGCCUCUCGAGAGAAUAGCUGCAUGGUCACCAGAGGAGCCUUUCUGGAUGUGUUGGUGUGUCUGUGUGGACCAAAGAUUAGUCUUCUGCAUGAUUCAGAGGUUAACAAGCUCCGUCAACAGACGUUGUCCGUCCUGUUGACCUCAACCUUGGUCACCAACAACAGCCCCACAUCCAACCAGGAGCCCGGCUGCAUUCAGUACAUGCUCAGCUUGACCAGGGUCGCCCUCAGUGCCAGCAUUGAGAUCCCUGAGCUAUGGGGGAGGCAUCAGCUCACAACUCCGCUCCUGGAAUGUCUGCUAAAUUGUCCACAGUAUGAGGUUAGGGAGUUGGUUCUUGAGAGGGUCGUGAUGAGACUUAAAGAGGGGGAAGACCAGGAGAGGCCGCCUGCAUGGCUAAAUGAGAGCACCGUGUUGAACCUGACAAGACUAGCUCUUCAUGAGAGACACCCACAGUGUCUGGCCAAGGUGCUCCAGGUGUUGAGUGUUUUGAGCUGUGGUGAUGCGCUCCAUUGGAUGGAUGGUGUGCAACAUUUGUCUCAGGACAAUUUUCUGCUGCACCUGCUUACUCUGGCUCAGAGGACUGCACACAGUGUGGAGCUGUAUUGUGCAGCCAUGACACUGCUAUCUCAACUGGUAGUCCCGGUUGCAAACUCUGAUUCGAAGGGUGCAAGUAUAAUGACUUGCUUAUCUCAGUGGGGAGCACUAGUGUGCUCAUCCUGCAGUGAGGAACAGCCUGUGGAAGUAAAGCUGAUGGUUGCCAAGGUUUUGGUCAACUCCACAGGCACACUACUGACCAACUCUGAGCUGCCGCUUGGUCUGGUCAGCACAGUGUCUCUGUGGAAGAGUUUGUUUAUGCUGUUACAGGAUGAAGACCCGGAAGUUCGCAGUUCUGCCUGUGACUUUAUUGGUAAUGCACCAAGUCAUCAGAUUAGUGCAGAUGUGGCAGGCAUGACGGUGUGUCCUCCUGUAGCCCUGGACGUCGGGGUGAGGCUCUUGUGUCACCUGUUCGAACUGUGGAAGCAGGUACCGGCAGGCAUCCUAGCUCUGACAGAGUGGCUGCUGGGAGAGGGAGAAGACAAUAAGGAGGGAGAUUCAGAUGACGCCUCCAGUCUGGAUGAAGAGGACUUCCUGUUUGAAAAGGGCAACCUUAACCUGUGGGCCGAGCCAGUCCAGUGGGUGAAGCUGCUUCACAAACACCUCAUUUCCCACAUUCUUAUCUACAAACAGACCAGAGAUUUGGGACGUGCGGAACUGGAGCAGGCUCAGGCUCAAAUCGACACACUGACCUUCAAUGCCCGAGCCAAACUGUUGCGCUCCAAACAAGCCUUGGACUCUCUCCCAGUCCUGCCCCAGUUCUCCUGCCCCAUGGAGCACACCCAACUGGUAUUGCAGCAGCAAAGGGCCACUCUGGCUCUGGAUGUGCUGGACAUGCUGAGAGGAGAAAUUGAGUAACAUCGCAAUGUUGUAAAAACUAUCAGACAGCUUUUCCUGAGUGAUCGUGAAUAUAACAACCUCAAACAGGUUUUUUUUUUUUAUCAUAUAUUUACCCUCUUAUUGAUUUUAAUUGUUAUGACUGUUUUUCAUUGAUGUCUGAAAUGAAGCCUUCUGAGAAGUUAAUUUUGAGUCAUGUGUUAUUGUCCAAAAUGAGUUAGGGUUCGCUGGAAAUUACACAAGAAAGUGGCACAAGACUAACACGUAGUCAUCUUGAUACUUCAUCCGUCCAUCCAUUUUCCAUACCGCUUAGCCUCACUCGGGUCGCGGGCGUGCUGGAGUUGAUCCCAGCUGACGCUCAGCAAGAGCGUCACCCACCUUGCAAAUUGUGAGUAUAUGUUGACUUCCUUUAUUUUCCUGGUGUUUAAUGAUCCUUCCAAUUGGACUUUGUCGUGUCAUUCCCUCUCGUUAUAUAAUAUAGAUGAUAGCACAAUAGACUACUGUCAGUGUGCCUGUGUGUGUUCAUGGUGCCCAUAUACUCAUUGACCUUUCUCCCUCCCUGGUAUCCAUGUUCCUUGUUACAGUAAAACUGACGUAAUGUUUUGAAACUGCUCAACAUCCCCUAAUAAAAACAGAGUUGUCUGAUUAAGAGCGGUUCCUGUGGACAAGGGAUUUCUCAAGAACUUCACCGUGUCUGUCCUUCACAUUAAACUGUUUAUCUCAACGGCAGAGAGCAAAUGGGGCAACUGGUCCUAGAGCAGCUCUCAGCCUAUUUUUAGGUUGGUAGUAGUAGAUUCCAAAGUCUUAUGUCAUUUUUUUUUUUCCCAUGCCUGUUUCUAUUUCCUUCACCUCUCUCCCUUCGUCAACUCGGGAGAAUAUUAAAUCAUGUCAGAGACUGAAAAAUAAACGAUAUAUUUUUAGA